UCCGAGCCCAAUGGAGCAAGUAGGGAAAAUGCGUGGCCAGCCAUCAUAUGGAGGACCCAACCCUUACUCCCAGCAGCAGCAAGGCCCUCCAGCAGGUCCUGGUCCCCAGCAAGGAGGCUCCUAUCCUGGGCAAGGAUACGGACCUCCGGGCCCUCAGAGAUAUCCAAUGGGGAUGCAGAACCGAACGCCUGGCGCUAUGGGCGGCAUGCAGUACGGACAACAGAUGUCAGGUUAUGGUCAGCAGGGUCCCGGGGGCUACAGCCAGCAGGGUCAGGCUUACUACGCUCAGCACGGCGCCCCCCCCCACCCUUCCCAACAACAACAACAGCAGCAGCAGCAGCCUCCGUACGCAGGCCAGCCUCAGGGCGUCUCUGGAGCUCCGUACCCUCAACAGGGACACCCAUCGCAGCCCUCUGGACAACACGGACAACCAGGAGCCCCUUACCAACAACCCCAAGGUCCCCAUGGCCCUCCUCAAGGUCAACCUCCCUACAACCAGCCCCCCCAAACUCAGCCUGGACAGCCAAACUACGUUCCUCCUCCACAGGCUCAACAGGGACCAGGACCCCAAAGUCAACAGGGUCCACAAGCUCAACCUGGCUAUCAACAGCCUCCUGGAGCAGGGCAACCCCCACAGCAAAGCCCACAGCAGAGCCCCCAACAACAACAACAACAGCCCCCACAACAACAACAGCAACAACCAGGAGGAACACCGUCUCAAGCCCAGCAACCUCCAGGGCACGGGCAACAGGGGCAACAGGCGCAACAGGGGCAACAGGCGCAACAGGGGCAACAGGCGCAACAGGGGCAACAUUCCCCUUAUUCCCAGACUCCCCCUCUUCAACAGCCACCACAACAACAACAACAGUCUCCAUAUCAGAGGUUCCCUCCUCCGCCACAG